AUGUCCGAUAUUCGAAAUGAAUUAGUUUAUACGACAAUUAUUCUUACUGAUGAUUCUCUUACAAAUGAUGAAAAAACUGAAGCGAUAAAAAUAUUAAAUAAAAAUUAUGAUAGACACAAAAUUCUUUAUAAUUCAGGAACAAAAAGAAUUUGUGAAAAUUGUAAACAAGAAUGUUUAGCUACAACAUAUUGUGAAUUUUGUGUUCGAGAUUAUCUAGAGGCAAAUUUUUCAAAUGUUGAAUGGAUUCCGUAUGAAAACUUUCAAAAUAUUAAAUAUCUAACAAAAGGUGGAUGUUCUGAAAUAUAUACAGCAAUUUGGAUUGAUGGACAUUAUUUCGAAUGGAAUCCUAAACAAAAGCAAUUAAAGAGAUUUGGAACGCAAGAAAUCGUACUUAAGGGAUUAGGAAAUAUUGAAAAUUCAAGUAAAGAUUGGUUUGAUGAGGCGAAAUCGCAUUUAACCAUAAGCAAUAAAUGGGCAUCGAUAGUUCAAUGUUACGGCAUAACACAAGAUCCUUCAGAUGAAAAUUAUAUGCUUGUAAUGUUAGAAAUGGCUAUUGAUUUAAGAAAAUAUUUACAAAAAAAUCAUAAACAACUUACGUGGAAAAAAAGAAUUCAAAUUACUAGUGACAUAAUUAAUGCACUUUAUAGAAUUCAUUUGGAAAAUGCAAUUCAUAGAGACUUACAUUCUGGAAAUAUAUUGUAUUCAAAAUUAAAUCAACGAUUUUGUAUUAGUGAUCUUGGAUUUUGUGGACCCGUUAAUAAACCAUUAAAAAGUACAUAUGGAAAUCUUCCUUAUAUAGCGCCUGAAGUUAUUAUUGGAAAACAGACUACGAAAGCAUCUGAUAUUUAUAGUAUUGCAAUGCUUAUGUGGGAAAUUUCAUCUGGACAACGACCAUUUAUUGGUUAUGAACAUAAUUAUGACCUUGCAAUGAAUAUUGUUAAUGGUAUUAGGCCAAAGAAUGUAUUAGGAACUCCCUUAGAAUAUAAAAGUUUAAUGAAACAGUGUUGGGAUUCUGAUCCAUUAAAAAGGCCUGAUAUUUAUACGAUUUUAAAAAAAAUAGAUGAAAUUAAUUUAUCGUAUCAAAAUACAAAUGAAUUUGAAGCAAAUGAUGAUAUAGAAAUAAUUAUAACAAGUGAUUUUGAGACAACAGAAACAAAUUAUGCAAACAGCCUAUUGUCUACAAGUAAAAUUUAUCAAUUCGAAAAUUUAUUUGAACCAAAAAAUGCGACAGAAGAAGAGCAAGAAGGUAUAAAUUGA